AUGACAAUGUUGGAUUUGAAUAAUGCUAUAUUGGUUUCCCUUCUGGUGAUAGCCUUAACUACACUUUUAUUAUUUGUUAGUUUAAGAAAAGCGACAACUUCCGCUGCUGGUAAGGAAGGGAUUAUCUCUAAUAAGAAACCAAUUUUUGUGAUUGCUGGACCUUCUAACAGUGGUAAGACAUCGUUAUUUACCUUACUGUCAAAUAAUAAACAACGUCCAACUGUCACAUCCCUAGAUGUAUCUAAGUUAGAAAAUUUGGAUAACCGUAUAAAUGUGAUUGAAUUCCCUGGCCAUUUCAAAUUACGUUACAAGUUGAUUGAUUUUUUGAAAAAGAAUCCAAAGAUUGCAGGUGUCAUAUAUGUUGUUGAUUCUACGGUUGAUCCAAAGGAAUUAACGAAGACCGCUGAAUUUUUACUUGAUGUUUUGUUGAUUACAGAAUCCAAGAAAAAUAUGGAACCUAAUAUUUUAAUUGCUUGUAAUAAAUCAGAAUCAUUUUCUAGUAGACCACCAUUGAGGAUUAAAGAAGCAUUAGAGACUGAAAUAUCGAAAAUUAUUGUGAGGAAAAAGAAAUCCAUAGGUGACGUAAAUAUUAUAACCCAAGAUGGUACGGAUGAGAGCAAUGAACUGGAAAUGUUGAAAGAGUUAUCGAGUUCUGGAAAAUUCAGUUUCAACCUAUUGGAAGGGUCUGUUGAUGCGAUUAGUGGCAGUGUCUUGAAAAAGGAUAUUGUAAAAUGGCAAGAAUGGAUUGAGGAGCAAUUGUAG